UCCAUCUUUCUCCAUCUCACGAUUUGCCCAUCUCGACCAGGAUGCCACGGUCAGCAUCCCCUCCUCGCCGGAGCAGGCAUGAGGACGAGGAUCGUCACUCUAGACACCGAUCAAGCCGACACUACGAUGACGACGCAGAUCGGGCUCGCUCAUCCAAGAGCUCGAGACGUCAUGACGACUACGACGACGACGACCGACACGCCAGCAGCUGGAAAAGACAUAGAGAUGAUGACCGCCGAGAGCGAUCAUCGCGACGAGACAGGGAUGACGAUCGGGGUGAUAGAAAGAGCAGCAGCCAUCGUCAUCAUCACCGCGACCGUGACCGCAAACGCAGCUACGACUCCGACGAGGAGGAGGAGAGGCGCAGGAGGAGGAAGGAUAGAAAGAGCAGACAUCGCGACGAGACCUCACAAGAGCGACGCGACCGCAAAGCUGCCAAGCGCAGCGCCCACGACCAAUCGGAGGCCCUCGAACGUGCCAACGUAGCAGACAUGCUCAUGUACUCAACAGGCGGGGGCGACAACGACUUCAAUGACUCUGACCUCUCUCGCGAGUUCAAAUGGGGCAAGAAGCAAGAAAAGGAAAAGAAGAUGGGCCUCACCCCCGAAGAGGCUGCGCGAAGAGAUGCAGAGAGGAGGAGGGAGGCGCAAGAAGAGAUUGCAAGGUUGAACGCUUCGCGCAAACAGAGGGAGGCGGAGCAGAAGAUUCGGGAGGAGGAGGAACAGCAGAUGGCUCGAUUGGCGGAGAGCGCUGCGAUGAGCGAGUGGGUGGCCAAGGAGGACGAUUUCCACCUCGAGCAGUCCCGUCGUCGUGCUGCGAUCCGCAUCCGAGAAAAUCGCGCAAAGCCUAUCGACCUCCUGGCCAUGAACUUGCGUUGGGCAGACGGCGACCGCAUCAAGGCCAAGCGACUCGACGGACUCGGUGUUGCGGCCGAAGAAGACGAAGACGAUGACGAGGCAGGACUGGAGAUUGACCUCGAGGAGCCCUACGAGAUCUUCGAGAGUCUCACGCUGCAGGAUACCGAGGAGCUCUACGGAGACAUUCAAAUGUACCUCGAGCUGGACAAAGACGAGCGCAACCUCGAUUUCUGGCGGUCCAUGAUCAUUGUAUGUGACGACAAGUUGGCAGACCUGCGCGAGGCCGAGCAGCAAGGAGAGGACGGAGAUGCUGGACGUCCGCGCAUGGAUCCGACGAUCAAGGCAAACAUGAAUCGCAUGCUCGCGGAGAAGAGCUACGAGGAUCUCAAGGCGCUGCAGGGGCAAGUCAGGGCAAAGCUGCGCAGCGAUGAGGCGAUUGAUGUCGAGUACUGGGAGGGAUUGCUUCGCCAGAUUGUAGUGUGGAGGGCCAAAGCCAAGCUGAGGGACUUGCACGAGGUAGUGCUUGAGAACCGAUUGGAGUACCUCAGGCGCAAGCAACGACAUGAGGCGGAGCGUCAGCAAGAGGAGCUGGUUGCGCAGCUUGGCGAAGAGGGUCGCGACUACAUCGAAGAAGCCGAUGAGGCAAUGCAAGAGGAGGUCGCGGCUGCUGGGCCAUCUUCAGCUACGGCCGUCGCCUCGUCCUCUGCAUGGGACCCGGAGGAGAUGGAGCCGCGCGCCCUCGACGAAUCUCGCCUCAACUACGACGAUCGCCACCUCCCCGUGCAGACCUGGGACACCCUUCGUGCAGACCUCAUCGCAGCACGUCGCAAGGUCUUGGGCGCCAGCUUCGUCCCGCGUGCUCGUCCCACCAACGCCAGCGGAGCCACAAGUGCAGAGGAUGCUGCGGAAGCCCUCUUUGCACAAGAAGCGGCAAAGGGCAUCGACGUCAACGAGUCCGCUUUCGACGAUGAAGCAGGCCUCGCUCCUGGUCAAACCAUGCGUGGCGGUGGAGGUCGCUCGGCCGCAGACGAGCAGACGUACGACUGGGAAGACAAGUAUCGACCGCGCAAGCCACGCUACUUUAAUCGUGUUCACACCGGCUUCGAGUGGAACAAGUACAACCAGACGCACUACGAUUCAGACAAUCCGCCGCCUAAGGUGGUUCAGGGGUACAAGUUCAACAUCUUCUAUCCUGACCUCAUCGAUAAGAGCAAGGCGCCCACCUACAGGAUCAUCAAGGAAGAGGGAGGGGGAGAUGAGACUGUGAUCCUGAAGUUUGAGGCAGGAGCACCGUACGAGGAUAUUGCGUUCAGGAUCGUCAAUCGACCCUGGCAGUACAGCCAUAAGAGAGGAUUUAAGAGUAGCUUCGAUCGCGGGGUAUUGCAGCUCUACUUUAACUUCCAGCGCAACUUCUACCGCAAGUGAGCGGCAGACGACAUCGCGGAGCAUUUUCGACUCAAUUUCAAUCCACGGUCAUGUUAUCUUACAAAGCUCUGCAGAAUGCGAGUUGUGUGUGACGGUUG